GCGCGGUGGCCCAUCAAUAGAGGGCGGGUUGUAUAAAGUGGGUGACGUACAUAGAGGGCGCUCUUUGGAACACAUUCGGCCGGAGUAAAGUGGCGUGAAAAGAUCCAACCAUGUUGCAGCAGGUUUUGAGACUGGGCCCCCAGGCCCACAACACCCUCUGUCUUGUCCUGAGGAGGAACAUCGCCAUGUCAACCGUCGUCAUGGCAAAUGACAAGUCCAUGACCCCCGUGCAGAAGCUCUAUCUAGACAAGAUCAAGGAGUACGCUAAGAAAAGCAAGGCUCUUGGUGGCAAGCUUGUAGAUCCAGACCCAGUUAUAGAGAAGGACCUGGACACCGAGGCGUCGCGACUAAACAAGCUCUACGGUGGUGGAGACCUGACGCAAUUCCCAACGUUUGAGUUUAAAGAAAUUGACUUCGAUGCACCUGCUGACAAGAAGUAGUCCACGUAACCGGCCUUUUUAUCUUUUGCUGUGAUUCGUUGAUUCUCCAGAUUCAGACUGGAGUAUUUAUAUUAGGAUUGAAUGAUUUAUUUGGAGUUUUUACGAGAGCAAUACAUGAAUGGAUAGGAGUUGUACAUGUACAGUGGACUGAAAUGCAUGUCUGGAUGUUUGUCAACCCAGAACUGAUCAGAAAGUGUUUUCAGUACGGGAUGUUAAUUGAUUUCAUAAUCGCAGUCAGUUUUGAAGUCUGGUAGAUGCAUGUCAUCCAGCAGAUCCAAUUUGAAAGUUCCAACUUGGGCUCCCGAACUUAAAUUAUAAAAGAACUUUGACAGAAAUUAAGUCUUGGCCAAGAUUUGGGUUGUUUUCCGCUAAAACAGCCGGUACCUGGCAUCCAGCUAACUUUAAUGCACUAGCUUGAAUGCAGCACGUGUGAGGUACCGGUAUGCUCGGAAUGUUGUGGGUAGCGCUGCCAAUGUUACCAACACUGGAGUUGUUUCAUCUCAUUGAUUGCAACCUCUACAACCUCCGAAGCUUCUACAUGUAAAUCAAAAUCAAGUCUGGCGCCAAGAAUAACAGAAAACUAGGACAGAGGAAACAUUUCCUUAGAAAGUGAAUUGUAACGCACAAUACCACUUUACCAAAUGGUUGUGGACCCGCCAUUCACAUAUUUCAUAACAGCAGUGUAUUUGACACAAGACUUAAAAAGCUCAUCUUUGAAAAGUAUUCUGAUGAGAUUGGCUGACAGCGUUGUCGGUAACUUUGAAGUUCAUGUCCCAUGCAGCAAAAAACAGUCUGGGAAAUCUUUGGUUUGCUUUAAACUUCACCCCAGGGUAUAGUCGAGAGGUAGUUGUGCAAAUCACAAGUUAUUAACCAAGUGGUUAUUGUGGACCCGCCAUUCACAGGUCGUAACAGCAGUGUGCCUGAUACAGACUUAAAAUACUCAUCUUUGAAACCUCGAAAGUAUUCCGAGUUCGGUUGCUGUGUAACUUUGAAGAUGUCCAGUGCAGGCAGCAAAUCUGUCUGGGAAAUAUUUGGUUCAUUUGAAAUGUCAUCCCUUGUUACAGUUGAGAGUCAGUUGUUCAAAUCGCAAGUUCUUUUACAUGUACAUUACUGGCAAAGUAUAUCACAAAUAAAAAAUGAAUAAAUUAGGACUAUAAUUUGGAGCAUUGUACAGUGUACAAUUUGUAGGGACCUCUUAACGCCUUGCAUGAGUUUUUAAAAUAGAUGCAUCAUUGCAAGUACAUUUCAACACUUGUGCACAACCACAGCUUCUGAUUGCUUUGUUUUCCAUUGAGUUGUUACUGAUGUUUGUGAUCAUUAAAACAGGUUUGAAAAAGUUAUAUUUGAAA